AUGUGCCAAAAUAUUUUUAAAAUUCAAUUUCCAAAAAUAUUCACUGUUACCAUUUAUUUAUUAUUUCUGCCUUUAAUUUGUUUAACAGAAGAAAUUGUAAAGCAUUGUAAUUCUGAUGAUCUCAUUUUUCAAUUUACGCCUUGUGAUCAGAAUGAUAAACGUUGGUUAUUCGCUGUUCCUCGUUCUCACGACUUUCUUUGUACCCCAGAAUCUGUUCCAGCACCUUUACAUGGAUUAAAUUGCAGCGUUACUUGCCCAGCUGGACAUUUUUUGGAAAUGAAUUCACAAAAAUGUAAAUUAUGUAAACCAGGAACAUUCAGUUUGGGUGACCGUGUUCGUUAUGAAGAAUUUGAAUUAACAAAAUUACCAGAAGGGUUUUCUAUUGAAAAUUCCCCGGAUGAAUCAUUUGGGGGAAAAACAAUUAAAUGUGGAGGAGGGGGAGGUUGGAAUAUUGAAGGGAAUCAAUUACGCUAUAGUUGGACACCUUGUGUUUCUACUUUAAGUAUUUCUCUACAUUUAACUAGACCCGGAUUUGCAGAAUUUCAAUAUCAAGUAUCUAGAGAAAGUAAAGGGUUAAUUCAAAUGCUACAAGUUCGGAAUGCACAAUGCCAAAGUUACGGAAAUUCAAAAUCUUUAUUACUUUCACAACAAAAACAUUUAAAUAAAGAAAAUAAAAAUGAAAAAGUUAAUCAACAAGAAGGGGCUGAUAUUCGAGUACAAAGAUUAUCUCUUAGAAGAGGACAAAAUUUAAUUACUUGGACUGUAGCUGUAAAUCCAGUUCUUAGUUCAAGAAUGGAAAUGAUUAGAAUUAUCAGAAUUGAUAUUUCUGGACUUGCAUUUGCACCUGAAUGUUCAUCAUGUCCAGAAGGAACUUUUUCUUCUGUUCAUGGUGCUCAACAUUGUGAGGCUUGUGGAGAGAAUGAAUUUGCCCAGAAAGGGGCAACACAAUGUCAACAAUGUCCACCAAAUAUGUGGGCAGAACCUCGAUCAGAAUUUUGCCAAAAACGUCCAUUUUGUUCUUCUCUCGAUUAUUUCCCUGUCCGUCCAUCAAUUUGUGUUAAUUCAAGUGAAGAAAAUUUAAAAAUAUUCUGGAAAAAAUUAAAUCCCCAAAUUUGUAUUGAUAGUGGAAUUUUAAAUACUUUACCUAAUAAAAAAGAAAAAUGUUUGCCUUGUGGGCCUGAAAUGGAGAGAAAUAAUGCUGGUUAUUGUGAAAAUUGUCCGAAAGGAUUUAUUUCUUCUGGAGAAGGUAAAUGUGUUCCUUGUCCUUCUGGAUCAAUUCCAAAUUAUGGAAUAUUUUUAACAAAUUGGGAUUCCCUUCCACCAGGAAUUGAAUUAAAAAAAGAAUGUGAAUUCCUUUCUGCAGAAAUUCCAAAUGAAUGUCCAGUUAAUCCAUCUUGGAUGUCUUAUGGAAAUAGAUUGGAAAGUGCUACAACUAGAAUGAGAGGGGUUGCUUUGGAAAUUAAUAGUAAAUUCAGAGAAUAUACUAAAAUCAUAGAAAAUAUUUUCUUUUUAGUUAAAUUUAAAGAUGGAUUUUCUUCCCCUUUACAUACAGGAAAAAUAACUAAUGAAAAUCCUUUGGGUAAAAUAUCAAUGGAAGUUUCUCUUCAAUGUAAAGGAAAAUGUCAAUUUUAUAUUGUUCAGAAAAUAGAAAAAGAAAAUUCCCAACAAUUUAUUUUUCCCGAAAAAGAAGAAAAUCUUCAAUUAUUAAAAAUGUUAACCGGAAGUUUAACAAAUAAUUUACUUGUAUUCCCAAUUUUAAAUUCUUCUCCAAUUCAUUUAUUAAUUGCUUUUACGAGAACUAAUGCAAUUUUGGGGAAGGAUGAAAUUAAUGAUAGAGCAAUUAUACAUUCAAUAAAUAUUACAAAUAAUGGGGAUAUAUCUACAACUAAUAAUUUGUGUAUUAAAUGCCCUAUUUAUGAAGAUGGAAAAUGUAAACCAUGUCCUUCUGGGGAAUAUUUUGAUAAAAAGAAAUGUACUCGUUGUCCUCCAAACACAAUCCUUAACCAAUCUAUUUAUUUAUUAUCAAAUAUUAAUUUAAAUAAUUCCAACAAAAUUCCCUGUUCAAAAUGCCCAAAAUAUUUUCAAAAUUCUGAAGACGGACUUUUUUGUGAAUUUUCUGGUAAAUUUGAAUUGGAAGAGGAAGAUGGAAUUAAUUCAAAAAUUAAUUUUGAUUUAAGUUUAUUAAAAGGAAUUCCCCUUUCUGCAAAGGGAAUUAAAAUAUUUGUCCGUGAUGGACAAUCAUUUACUCAUAUUUUUAAUUUUUCUUUAUUUCCAAAUUACCCAAUUAAAUGUAAAGAUUCAAUUCCAACAAAAAGACAAAUUGAAGAUGAAAAAGAAGAAGAAGAAAAUAAUGCUUUAUUUUGUCGUUCUGCAGUUGUUCCUAUUUUUGGGAAAGAAACAAAUAAAAGUAGUGAAGGGGAAGAAGAAUUUGUGUAUAUUUCAUCUACAAUAAUUUCAAAUAAAUUGGUUAUGAUUAGUAAACAGAGAGAAUAUGGAGGGUUUAAACUUUCUGAUGAACAAUUAGAAUAUGGCAAGUUUUGGGAAUUAAUUCAACCAAAUACAAAAACUCAACGUCCUUUGGAUAUUCAUUUCUUUUUUGAAUCAACAAAUAUUUUAAUUGAAUGUCCAAAUGGAACUAUGGCUGCUGUAACUGUUAGAUGUGAUCCAAGUAUUGUUACUAAACCUUUAGUUCGUUUAUCGCGUCAUUGUCCAGAUGGAACUUGUGAUGGUUGUCUUUAUCAUGCUAUUGUGGAAAGUGCUUUGGCUUGUCCUGUUUGUAAUGAAAAGGACUUUCAAACAAUUCGAGGAGAAUGUAUUAACGACAUUCAAAAAGUGCACACAAUCCCCUCUAAACACUGUGUUAUUUCUGGUGCCCAAAGUCAUGAAAGGGAAGAACCUUGCCGAACAAUUAUUUCAUCAAAUCUUCGUUUAAUAUUAUCAUUAACAAUUAUUUUAAUUUUAAUUCUUUUAUUAAUUAUUUGUGCAAUUUAUAGAAGAAAUAAAACACUUGAAUAUCGUUAUAUGAGAUUAAUUGAAGGAAAAGAUAUGGAUAAUUCUGCAAGAAGUUGUGCUUUAAAUAAUAGUGAUCAAGAAGAUUCUGAAGAAGAAAAUAACGAAGGGGAGGUAAAAGAAAUAAAUAAAGAAUUUAAAAGGAAUUUUAAUUUUAAAGGAGAUAAUUACUAA